AUGCGGUGGUGUUGUCCUGACCCCUUAUCACCUGGAAUCGCAUUAGUUAGGUGUGACGUCAGACUGCGGUAUCUUUCAACCGUGUCGUUUUUCGUGUUUUAUUGAUAAGAAAUAGGAUCGUGGUUAUUUGCUACUUUAUUUCGUUGCGUUAUUUUUCAAACCUGUACUUUUAGUCACGUAUUUAGCAGGCGCUGGGGUCACACUAGUUGUUUUACUGGAUGGAGCUUUUGACCAGGGACUCGAAAGAGGGAGAGAUUGUUCGCUGAAGACCUCGCUGCCAGCCCAGCACCACCAUCAUACCACCAUCAGUAGCAGCAUCACCUCCACCAUGCCAGUGUGUGAAGUUUGCAACAAGAAGUUCAAGACGCCCAUGGCUCUGUCGCUGCACUUCGGGUACCAUGGCGUGGGCGACAGACCGUACAAGUGCAUGGUGUGCCCCAAGGCGUACACUUCCAGAGCGGGCCUUGAAGUUCACUACCGCCUCCACACGGGCGAGCGGCAGUUUGAGUGUGACGUGUGCAACAUGACGUUUAUGGAAGCUGUCGUUCUGAAGAGGCACAUGAUGGUUCACACUGGGGAGAAACCGCACGAGUGCUCCAUGUGCGACAAGAAGUUUACAACCACCUCGAACCUGAAGAGUCAUGUUUUAAGAAUGCACUCAGAGAUCGAGAAGACACUUGAGUGUACCGUGUGCCACAAAAAGUGCAUCAAUGAGGCCGAUCUUAAAAUGCACCAUGUGCAAUAUCACAAGGAAAGGCAAUUGGAAUGUACCGUGUGCCACAAGCGGUUUGCCUUUCAAUCUACUCUUCUAGCGCACUUGCGUUAUCAUACAGGAGAGAAGCCGUUUAAGUGCUCUUACUGCCCGAAGUCGUUUACCGACGAGCGCGAUUGCACAAAGCACACCAGAACCCAUACCGGAGAGAGGCCCUACGAGUGUACCUUCUGUGACAAGAGGUUCACGCAAACUGGUGCUCUGAAGAAACAUUUGUUAAUCCAUACCGGAGAAAAGCCAUUUGAAUGCACUGAGUGUCCCAUGAAGUUCAGUCAGAAAGUUUCUUUAAAAGUUCAUCUUCGCAGGCACACUGGAGAGAAACCGUACGAGUGCAGUGUGUGCCACAAAAGGUUUGCUCGGGACUAUAUUUUGACUUGCCACCUCAUGACUCAUACUGGGGAGAAACCAGUGGCGUGUCCUUCGUGUCCAGAGAGAUUCCAGACUAGCAGUAACAUGAGAAAGCACCAUCGAGCACUUCAUUCGGGAGAGAAACACUACCAGUGUACCGUGUGUAACAAGAAGUUCGGAUUCAGCCGUGGUUUAAAAUCGCAUCUCAUGACCCAUACCGGGGAGAAACCAUUUGAGUGCCCCCUGUGCCCGAAGAGAUUUGCCAGCAGUGGUAACAUGAAGACUCACUGUCGAAUUCAUAACUCAGAGGAAACAGAUACUCGUUCAUUCAAGUGUUCGGAGUGCCUCAAGAGUUUUGCGGAGUCCAACAGUCUGAUGGAACAUCUCUACAGCCACCUCGAGCAAUAAUUAAUGUUCUCUUUCUUUUAGGAUUGCGUAUCUAGUCUGUCCCAAAACUUAUUUUCAGUUCCUAUUUCAUGAACGUACUUUUAUUUAACUUAUUUUCGUUUUAAUUUUUGCUUACGAUCAUCUCGUAGUAUUAGCUAUUUUUUGGCGAUCGCCGAUCGUUUUACAUUCCAUUCUUAAAUUAAGACAAUUGUACCAACAUGCAUUAAGAUGGUGCUUUCUUCUAUGAUCUCCUUUGAAGUUCCUAUAUUUUUAUGUUUCAUUCGAUGUAUUGUAUUUUCUUAAAACCGACUGAUAUUUCCUCCAUAUAUUUUCAAGGUGGAGUAAGGGUACAAAUUCCUAAGUAAUUAAUUUAAAUUAUAGACACGCGAAUUACAAUGUUUCUUUAAUAUUGAAGCCCAGUUUCAUAGUGUGUAAAAUAAAUGCGUAUUAUGUCUUUUGAAUGACUUUCACUAGUCCCAAUACUAGCACUGACAUGCGUAUUUAUAUAGACGCAGAGACAUUUCCCAAAUUCUGCAUUACUUUGUCAUUAUUUUAAAUUGUUGUGCAUGUUCAUGUUGAUUUCUUGAUUUUCUAAUAUUAAAAUUAACGAAA